CCUGCAAGAGAAACUUUGCAAAUGCUAAACAGAGCAGAAGGGUCUGGAGAAUAAAUGAUAUAAAAUUCUGCAAUUUGUCUUGAUUCCAUACAUCCCUGAGGAUCUGAACGGAAUCCCCAACAUUGAAUGGAAUAAAGGAUUUUCUUUGGACAUCUGAUGUACGUUUCAAGAAUAAGAAAAGGUGAAUCUGAAGUGAAUCUUUAAAUUGGUGUGAAAAGUAAAAUUGUGGAUAUUUCCAUUAUAUCAUCAGCACCAAAAUCUAAAGGAAACAGAAGGAUUAUUAAUGAACCGGCAGUAAUGAUCUAAAGUUUUCACAAGGGUUUUCAAUACUCAAAGUCUAAAGAACAUAAUUCUGAGCAAAAACAGGGGAUUGUAUUAUAAUCCUGUUUAAGAAUGCCUUUGGAAAUGUUGGCAUGAGCUGUUCUCAAAACCAAAUACAGAACACAGACAUUUCUUGUGGAAUUGCUCUUAUGUUAUGUUGUGGAAAAAUAUUUUAUUGAAUUUAAAUUUCUGUAGCAAAACAGCGUAUUUACUAUAAGAACACAAUCUGUUUCCAUAUUUGGCUGGAUAGAGAGGUCAAGUUGAGUAAUCCGUCAUGGGGUUUGCUGAUAUCUUGGAGAGAACUGGAGGAAUGGGACGCUUCCAGAUCACACAGGUUUUUUUGCUGUGUCUUCCCAUAUUACUGAUGGCAAGUCAUAACCUUCUGCAGAAUUUUAGUGCCGCAAUUCCAAGUCACUGGUGUAAAAUAAAUGGUACAGGGAUACUUAACAGUAGUGACGAGGGCUUGGUGGGCAUGUUUAACCCAUUGGAUGAAAAAGGGAUGCCAGAAUCAUGCCUGGAAUUUGUUGAAAUACAGUGGAGACCAGUGGGUUCCAAUAUGACAUCCCAUAAUAGUACAGGUGCAGAAACAAGAUCCUGUACAAUCGGUUGGGAAUAUGAUAGAGAAGAAUUCACAUCAACCAUCAUCAGUGAGUGGGAUUUGGUAUGUGCAAACAGAAACAGAAGGCAACUGGCUCAAUCCCUAUACAUGGCCGGUGUCUUGGUAGGAGCAGUCAUCCUUGGAGGACUUUCAGACAAGUAUGGACGAAGGGCACUGCUCAUCUGGUCUUACUUACAAAUGGCUAUCAGUGGCAUCUGCACAGCCUUCUCUCCAAAUUACCUAUCCUACUGCGUGUUCCGGUUCCUUGGGGGAAUGGCUUUGUCUGGAAUAGGACUCAACACUACAGCAUUAAUUGUAGAAUGGGUUCCAACCAAAGUUCGCACCAUCACAGGCACCUUGGCAGGAUAUUCCUACACAGUUGGACAGCUUAUCUUGGCAGGUUUAGCAUAUGGCAUACGAGAUUGGCGAUGGCUACAACUCUGUGUCUCUCUUCCGUUCUUUAUAUUUUUUCUCUAUUCCUGGUGGUUCCCAGAAUCUGCCAGGUGGCUUGUUCUCUCUGGUAAUCCUUCCAAGGCUGUUAAAGAAAUGAAAAGAGUAGCCAAAUACAAUGGAAGGCAGGAGGAGGCUGAGAAGAUAACACUAGAGUCACUAAAGGCUGACAUGAUGAAAGAGAUGGCUUGUAGCAAUUCAUCCUAUACCAUUUUGGAUUUGGUUCGAACAAGCAAUGUGCGGAGAAUUUCCUUUGCUGUGAGCUUUGUAUGGUUCUCCACAAGUUUUGCCUAUUAUGGUUUGGCUAUGGACCUUCAAAAAUUUGGAGUCAGCAUUUAUCUUAUACAGGUCAUCUUUGGAGCAGUUGAUUUUCCAGCCAAGCUAAUUUCCACCACGAGCAUGAUCUACAUUGGGCGAAGAGUCACACAGUUCUUCUCCCUCUCUCUUGGUGGACUGGCCAUUUUGGCAAAUAUUUUUGUUCCAAAUGAGCUUCAGAUAGUGAGGACCAGCUUGGCAGUAUUUGGAAAGGGGUGCCUGGCGGCGUCAUUCAGUUGUGUGUUUCUUUACACCACAGAAUUGUACCCUACAGUGAUCAGACAGAGUGGUCUUGGUUUGGGUAGCACCAUGGCACGCUUGGGUGGCAUUGUGGCUCCUCUGGUGAAGUUGUUAGGUGAAUUCUAUCCUUUCUUACCUUUGCUGAUCUAUGGAGGUGCACCAAUAUUAUCGGGGCUACUUAUCUACUUUUUGCCUGAGACUGUGAAUAAACCGCUUCCUGAUACCAUAGAAGAGGUCGAAACUGGCAAGAAAAAGACACCAGUGAAAGAAAUUGUGCCUCUACAGACGGUAACCACAAGUCCUGUACGUGUGGCCCUGUAAUAUGGGACGUGCCAAUGCAGCUGGAAUGGUCACUCUGAUACCGCCAAAACAUUAUGCAUUCACUGGCAUACAUAUGGGUGCUUCUGAGACAUGCUCAUUGAAGGACACAGAGGAGAACUGAAGAGAAUGCUAUCUGAGAAGGGGCAGGGUCUGCUUCAGAAGCCCAAAAUGUAUCAAGGCUUCAACAUUGGUGGCUCAGUGCAUCGGCUAAAUGAUGCAUCCAAGUCAAUAAAAACUUCUGUAAGACUGACCUAUACUUGUGUCAUCUUAAGAAUGAUACCAACCUCUGAUGAUAUAUAAAGUCAGGAGGGUACAGCCCUUGUGCCAACAUUCUAAUUGUGAUUUCCUCUAAUUCAAAAAUCAUAAAAAAAUGUAAUAAAAUCUCAAGAAUCUGCUCCACAGAUCAGAUGGGGAGUGACAGUAGUGACAAACAUGGAGCCAGACCACAGCCAAAUUGGGCCAUGGGUAGAAUAAUAGUUUAAAGGGGUACUUUACUGGAAAACAUUAUUAUUAUUAUUUUAUUUUUAUUUUUUUAUCAACUGGUGCCAGAAAGUUAAACAGAUUUGUAAAUUACUUUUAGUAGAAAAAAAUCUUAAUGCUUCCAGUACUUAUCAGCUGCUGUUAUGAUCCACAGGAAGGGAUUUUCUUUUAGAAUUUCCUUUCUGUCUGACCACAGUGCUCUCUGCUGACAUCUCUGUCCAUUUUAGGAUCUGUCCAGAGUAGGAGCAAAUCCCCAUAGAAAACCUAUCCUGCUCUGGACAGUUCCUAAAAUAGACAGAGGUGUCAGU